GUCCGAAUAAGUCAAGUGCUAUAGCCAAACCCUUAUUUUUCUGUUCGAUCUCCCUGUACUCGGUACACUGUGCCUGUGUCUAAGGUCUGUGUUAUCCACAAAAGUACCGAAGUAGGUACUAAAAAUCCCAAAGGUGAAACACUGAAAUUCGCUACCUACGCAUCUAUCUGUUAUCAGUCAGUAGGUACUUUUCGCUAACGUGCUAAUUGAUUGUAGGUACUUUCGAGUAGUUCAGUACUAUUUAUAAAACUAUAAAACGAAUCGCAAGCAUUAAGUAGAUGCAUUAUUAGUAAACAAUAACAGGCGUACGUACAGCGCAAAUCACUUUUGUCGAUUGAUUCCGCAUCGUUUUUCGAUGGGAAAUACAGAUUCCAACUCGAAGCCGAAACAGCCAAAUCCUCAGUAUUCCACUAAUAGAAAUCCUGUGCCUCAACGAUUUCAAUCUCCGCGUCUACGAUCUCAAUAUCUUCCGCCUCAACAAAAUCCAUCGGCGCCUCGAAAUCAAAAUCCGAGAGCAGUAGUUGAGGAAGAACUGAUCACUUGGGAUGACAUAGAUAAAUCUCCUGAGGUAAAGCCUACUAAUCAGCCUCUUCCACCACCAACCAUGGCAAAAGAAGCUAUCGAAAGCAAACUAGAAGACCUCAACCUCAAGGAAAACAAGCAAAUAAACAUACUCCUUAUAGGUGGAACAGGCGCUGGCAAAUCCACCUUUAUCAAUUCUAUUUUCAAUUAUCUACAAUCCGAAGAUUUCGAAAAAGCCAAAAACAGAUUCGUCAACGUCCUUAUCCGAGCAAAUUUUCCAGUUACAGACAAAAACGGAGUGAGACACAACAUUGAUAUUGGGCCGGCCGACGAUGCCAAUGAAAAUCUGGAUGUUGGGGCUUCGGCUACCCAAGGCGUAAAAACUUACAGUUUCAAGAUUAGAGGCGGAAACACAUUGGUUCGUCUCAUAGACACUCCAGGAAUGGGAGACACUAGAGGUAUAAAAUUUGACAACGAAAAUUGCGAAAAUAUUUUGCAAUAUAUAAGUCGCCUGCAGGAGUUGCACGCAAUUUGCUACUUGGCCAAGUCCGAACAAUCCAGGAAAACAGUCUACUUCGAAUAUUGUUUCAAUCAGAUUUUUUGUAGAUUGGAUAAAACGGCAUGUAAAAAUAUCAUAUUUAUUUUUACUUUUUCUAAAGAUAGUGAUUAUCAUCCAGGUGGAACCUACGAACUUUUCAAAGAGAUCAUCGAUCGUCUCAGGAAAGAUCCUGCUCAUGCCGAAAUCCCAUUGGGUGCUAACGCUUUUUGUUUUGACAAUGAGGCAUUCAGAAACUUGGUGGCCAUUAAAAAAGGUGUAAAGUUAUCAGACCACAUGAUAAAAUCGAGCGUGGAAAGUUGGAACAGAUCAACUGCUCAAUGUUGGCAAAUGAUUUCCUACAUUUCUGACCUAAAACCUCAUAUGGUCCAUAAUACUGCAGCCGUUAAUGAAGCCAGAAGAAUAAUUUAUCAGUUGUCACAGCCGAUGGCUGACAUAGCUCAACUCGUUAAUGAUAAUAUUCAGAUUUUACGUAAUCAUCAACAUAAUUUGGACCUUGAAAGAUUAAGCUUGGCCGAAUUAAGGAAGAAACUUUACAUUCCUGUUAUUGAUCUUAAGGUCACAAGUCUUACUCAGCCCGUUACUGUUUGCGCCGAUAUCAGCUGUUGUGAAGUUUAUAAGGUUGGCGAAAAAAAGGAAUGGCACUAUAGAACCAGAUGUCAUGAUCCCUGCUUCCUCACCAACGUACCCAGAGACAUCAUGGGCAGUGCAGAAUUGAUGUCAUGCGCGGCUAUGAAUGGCAAUCAAAGUUGCCAGAAAUGUUCGCAUAGCUACAAAGUCCAUAUGCACGUCUAUUAUAUGACGAAAAAAGAACAGAAGCAACAAAAAGAUGACACAAUCUCGAAGACUAUCGAUACAAGGGAGGAAGGUAUCCAAAGAGGCAGAGUAGUUAUGAGAGAAAUUGAGGAAAGAAAGACACAGCUAGAAAACGAACUAAAAUCUAUUGUUAGAUGCAAUGCUAAGUUUGCACACUUCCUGUGCAAUAAUGCUAUUACGGCUUAUAGCGAUUCGUAUGCUGAAUAUAUCAGAUAUUUAAAAGAACAAGAAAAGCAUUUGGGUUCCAACGCCGACCUAGUCAAACUCACCGGUUUGGAAAAUCUCUUACGCGAACACGAAGAGAUGAAAAAAGUUUUCCAAGAAGCGGCCGAUUUGAACAAAAAACUCGGCAGAGACGUCGAAAUUACGCCACAAGAAAUUAACAAAACCAAACAGGAACUGUUUAAUUUGAAAAUUAACGGCAAAAAAAUCAGGGAGCUGUUUGAGUCUCAAUCCAAAUCCUUGAAAAAGGAGUACAAAUUCUUGGAGUACACUCAUAAGGCCGAGUUCCAACAAACUGCACCGAAAACAUCGAAAGACAAUAAUUCUGAAAAUAAAGGCCAGUCUUCGGCUUCUAAUCCAACACAAAAAUUUCAACGUGGUCGCGCCGUCGGUCGCGGUAACUUCAAUAACAACCGAGGUCGUGGUAAAUCGGCCGGACCUCAGAACAGAAAUCAGCGAGAUCGAACUCCGCCUCCGUCGUACAAUGAAAGCUCCAGAUAUCCUCCACGUGGAAAUGUGCAAACCCAUCAUCAUGGAGGAAAUAUACCGCCCCUGAUGCCACCACAUCCAUCCGAUUAUUAUAGAGGCCCACCACAACCACCGCCGCCACCACCUGCACCGUAUCAUGCUUAUGAUCCUCCGCCGAGAUCUGCGUACGAUCCUCCGCCGAGAUCUGCAUAUGAUCCUCCGCCGAGAUCUGCGUAUGAUCCUCCGCCAAGACCUGCAUAUGGACCUCCGCCAGAUCCUCACUUGCCUCCUACAGCUGGACCUAGACCAGAAGAUCCUCAUGCAAAGAUCCAAGUCAACGUGACAUACGGAGGUACUCCUCAGGAUCCAUCACAACCUACUACACCUAGAGAUCCACCUCCUAGAGAUUAUCGCGAAUAUUCAGAAAGGCGCGAUUAUCCAGAUAGGCGUGAUUAUCCAGAAAGGCGCGAUUAUCCUCAAUAUGACGAUCGCCGGGAUUAUCCAAGAGACUAUCCUCCAUACCACGAACGUCGCGAAUAUCCUCCACAUCCAAGGGAUCAUCCUUCAUAUCAAGAUCCUCGGGAUUAUCCUCCGCAUCGAAGGGAAUAUCCCGAUCCUGCAUAUCCAGAUCAUCGCGAUUAUGCAAGAGAACCUGUGCGUGAUCCUUAUUAUCCACCACCACCACCAGCACCUGCCGCAGCCGAUCCCUAUUAUCGUCAUGAUGCAAGAUAUCCCGACCAGAGACCUUAUACCAAUGAUCAGCAAAGGAAUAGACCGUACUAUAACAAUCAGAGAUCAUCUGGAGACGAAUCCCAAACCUCCAAUAGGGGCCGACAAUUCAGUCGGGGAGGACCCAACAAUAAUUAUAAUAAUAAUUAUAGAGGCAACAAUAGAGGGAGUAGAGGCGGCAUUCAUCGUCGAAAUAGACGUAGAAAUGACAACAAUGCCAAUUCGAACAGUGGAGAUGAGUCUGACACAUCUGUCCCUAGCCUCUGCAAUCAGAAAAUUACAAGACCAUUUUAAAAGGAUAUGGUCAGAGGAGAAGGAAAAUCAUUAUCUUUUUCCUAAAUUAUGUAUAAGAAACUUUUUUACUUUCAAUAUUACACGGUUAUUUGAUUAAAAAUAUAAAUACACACUAAUGGUUGGUGUGUUUUAUCUACUGAGGGUGCUUCAACAUCAAUCGUCCCUUAGUUUGUUUCAAACUUGAUUUCUGGGACAAUUUUUGUUAAAAGAACCUUCUUAAAAUUACUAUGUAUUAUUAGUUAAGGAUUAAGGCUUGCUUGGAUUCUGGGAUUUUCCAGAUCAAAGGAACAAUAAUCCCGGGAUUUAAUUGCAAAAAUAUAUCAGGAUCACCCCCUAAGCUGUUUACAGUCUAUAUCUAUGAGGAUGUUUCAAUUUAAAUUUUUCAUCCCAAGAUUUUUCUGGACAAGUUUUUUGGCGGGGGUUCACGGAUUUUAUUUUGGAAUCCAUGAUAUACUGCAAACAAUAGCAUUUAAUUUUAAUAAUAAAUCAGCCACAAUUAUUUUGAGGUUGAAAAGCAGAUUCUAUAAUGCAAAUAGAGCAAAAGCUUUAUGUAAGGCUUGAUACAGGCGUGGACCUAAAACUAAGUGCCUAUAUAAUUAAAUGAGUAUUUAAUUAUAUACCUACAUUUGAAAAGUUUCAUGUAGUCAAUUUAAAAGGUUAAUAAUUAAAUAAUGAGUUUGUUGCAAAAACACUUAAUUUUUUUAAUUUGUGCCCCUUUUUUUUGAAGAAAACUUGGUCCACAAUCACAAUUGACAUAAAUGUCUUAAUGCCAAUUUUGAAUCUUACUGAAAAGCGAAUCAUUAUUAAUAGGUAAUAAUACCAUUAAAAUUGUGCCAAGCUAAAUAAGGUGUGUCGCAAUUUUGUAAUGGAACAUAUUUGAAUAUUCUAUAGAAUUUAAGUUAUAGUUUUAGGAGUUUGAGUUACCCAUUUUUUUCAACAAAUGUGUAUUUUUCAGUGGUUUUUGAAUUAAUCGUUAUGCUUUAUGUGUUAUUUACUACUGGCCUAUUAUAUACCUACCACCUAUUUAUAGUUUUAAGAGUUUGAGUUACCCAUUUUUUCGGCAACAAAUUAAUAUGUUAUUGAAAAAAAUAUUGGUGUUUGAAAUAAUUAUGCUUUAUUUACUGGCAUAUUAUGUACCACCUAGUUAGUUUCGUUUUGUGUUUCAAUAUGUAUUUUAAGUUGUCUUUCUUUAUUUUUUUUUCAUAUAUUAUUAUGUUCUUAUAUAAAUUGUUUUAUUUGAUUUUAUUAAUCUUUGCAUUUUUUUCAGAAAUUUAAUCCCAUGAUUAAAACCAAAAUUGAAAUUUUUAUCAUAAAGUAGCUAUCAAAAGGUUUCUGGAAAGACCAUAGAAAAUAGUUUUGCAAUUAAAUUAGUAGGUCAUUUUAUGUAAAAACGUCCCCACAUAAAGAAGUAGUUUCAAAUGUUAGAUAUUUUAAUCAGGAUUAAUCAUGGAAGGAGGAAGUUUUUCCCAGAUAAUAUCGUUAUGAGCUUCCAAAUGUUAUCAAAAAUCUCAAUCUCAAAUAUAUAAUGUGAAUUUAAAAUGGUUUGACAGAAACGAAAUCUUAAAGGAAUUGGGAAAUCAAAUCAAGUAGAUAAAAUACCUAUAGAAAAUUUCAAAAUCCUCAAAUAAUAAUGUAAUGAAAAAGAUUAAAUUUAAUCAAAUAUUAUUUUCUUUAAAAUAAAAUCUGCAUUUGAAAAUAUGUCUCAGUAAUAUGUAAUUAGG